AUGCGGUUUGACUUCGAAUGUUCCAACAACGAAGCGGAGUAUGAAGCGCUACUCGCGGGCUUGAGAAUGACCCAGUCUAUGGGAGCAAUAAGGGUCGAUGCAUACGUUGACUCUCUGCUAGUCAAUAACCAGGUGAACGAAACCUAUGAAGCCAAGGAUGAAACGAUGGCAAAAUAUUUGGCUAAGACCAAGGAGCUCAUAGCUUCCUUCGACAGCGUCACACUUAAUCAUGUCCAUCGGGGAAAAAACCAAAUAGCUGACGCCUUGAGCAGGCUCGCUACCUCGGGUAUGGAAAAGGAAGUAAAGGUAGAAACAUUACAAGCACCUUCCAUAGAACCCCGGGAAUUGUCCGCCAUCACGGCGGAAAAACCCUGUUGGUACACUCCAAUUCUAAAGUUCCUCACAAAGGGGGAAUUACCCCCCACUCGAGGCGAAGCUCAGAAGAUACAAACCAAAGCUUUGCAGUAUGAGGUGAACAAUGGCGUGCUAUACAGGAAAUUGUACAUGGGACCACUCCUGCGGUGUGUAUCCCCAGCGGAAGCAAAAUACCUAAUCCAAGAAAUAAACGCUGGUAUAUGCGGCAUUCACGCUGGACCUCGGGCAGUUGUCGCCAAAAUCCACAACGCCGGGUACUAUUGGCCCGGGAUGCAUGAAGACGCGGCAGAUGAACUCAGAAAGUGCCGCAUCGAUAUCGUGGGGCCAUUCCCGCUGGCCCCCAGGAAGCUAAAGUACCUAAUUGUGGCAAUCGACUAUUUCCCUAAGUGGGUUGAAGCCAAACCCUUGGCUAAAAUAACUGCUGAAAACGCCAAGAAAUUCCUGUGGGAACACAUAGUAUGCCGAUUUGGACUGCCGUUAUACCUGGUGAGCGACAAUGGAACGCAAUUCACAGACAGGGUCUUACAAGAUUGGUGUGGAGAGCUUCAGAUUCAACAAAUCUUUACAUCGGUAGCACAUCCCCAGGGAAACGGCCAAGUGGAGCGGGCAAAUAGGAGUUUGCUUGAUGGAAUUAAAAGAAGGUUGGGCUAUGAGGGAAGUUCUUGGGUAGAAGAGUUGCCAAAUGUCCUCUGGGCACAUCGAUCAAUGCCCAAGACAAGUAACAAUGAAACCCCCUUCAGCCUAACCUACGGCGCAGAGGCAAUGAUGCCCGCGGAAGUUGGAUUACUAUCGCUGAGACGCCUCACUACUAAUGAUGACAAUGACAGGCUCCUGCGGGAAGGCCUGGACCUCCUGGAAGAACGGUGCGAGGCAGCCGCCAUCAGCGAGGAAAAAUACAAGAAAACUCAAGAGAAAUACUAUAACCAACGCGUGGCUCAGCAAACUUUCAAGGAAGGCGAGUACGUCAUGCGAGACAAUGAGGCCAGUAGAGCGGAGCCCUCAGGCAGACUGGGACCCAACUGGGAAGGUCCCAACAUCCUCCAAGAAGACUUAGGCAAAGGGGCUUACCGCCUAUCCCGGCUCGAUGGCACCGCGGUUCCACGUAGCUGGAACGCCGCUCAGCUGAGGAAAUGUUACAUAUAG